UGACUUUGACGUAUAACUAGUUAUAGUGUUAUAUGUGAGAAUGCCCUCUUGUAUAAAAAAGCUUUUUAAAAAUACUUUUGCGCGUAGGUAAUAAAUAAGAAUAAUGUUUUGGACAAAUACACAAAUUGUUAAAUAAUUUGCUGCUAUUGCGUUUGAAUAGUCUAGUUAAGAUGUUACGGAACGUAGUUUUAUUUAUAUUACCAAUUGUAAACAUUGUGCUUGGAUUUUCCGAUGUAGGAAAGUGGGAUUUACCUCUAAAUGGGGAAAGUUGCAAUUUCACAUUAGCCAAGUCACUUUUCAAAGAUUCACAACUCAUAAUCGCAUUGCAUUGUGAUGUAAAGGAACCAACAAAUAUCACAAUUAUGUACUCAUGGAUGAAAACUAAUUGCUCACCAGAUUACUUCCAUUAUUUUGAAAAGAGGAUAGUUGACUGCACAAAUUAUGAAGAAAAACCAAUAGAUGAAAAUAAUAACACAAAAUUAUUACCCACAAUUCUAUGUAAUGGCCAAAAUGUUAUUUAUCUACACAAUACUAAAAAGUCUAAUGAUAAGAAUGAUGUGAAUGUUAUACAACCUAGAGCACCCUUCCACACAGUUGAAUGGGAAGGGAUUUAUGCACUAUGGAUGUCAGUUCGUAGUAAUAAAAAGUUCCAAGUGUCAAUGCACAUUGAAAUGGGGUCUCCAUCGGGAUAUAUGUCGGCAGCUAUUUGGCCUCUUUUGCCAUUCUUCGGCGUGAUGUGUGGAGUGUACACGGUGCUUUGUGCAUGCUGGCUGGCAGUAUGCGCGCUGCAGUGGCGAGACUUGCUGCGCAUUCAGUACUGGAUCGGAGGCGUGGCACUACUUGGCAUGGUCGAGAGUGCCACAUACUAUGGGGUCUAUUCCUCCAUCAACAGGACAGGGUACUUUAAUGCUGAAGCAUACAUGUUCGCCGAGUGGAUGUCCGUAGCGAAAAGGGCGCUUGCGAGAAUGUUAGUCAUCAUUGUAUCAUUGGGUUUCGGGAUAGUCAAGCCACGGCUGGGCCCGGCGCUGCAGCGUGUGGUGGGAGCGGGCGCACUGUGGGGGGUGCUGGCCGGCAUCGAGGCUUGGCUGCGGCUGCACCACAAGGCCGAGGACUCUAACCGCGAUCUGCUGCUGUCGGAGGCACCGCUGUCGCUGGUAGACAGUGCCAUCUGCUGGUGGGUCUUCGUGUCGCUUGCGCACACCAUGCGCACGCUGCAGCUUAGAAGGAACACAAUCAAGCUCUCUUUGUACAGACACUUCACGAACACUUUAAUAUUCGCCGUCAUCGCCUCAGUCAUAUUUAUGCUCUACUCUCUCAAGUCGUACCGAAUAAUAUUUUGUAUUUUAGAAUGGAAAGAAGUGUGGAUGGAUGAAGCAUACUGGCACAUUUUAUUCGCCGGUGUCCUGACAGUUAUUAUGGUGUUAUGGCGACCCACUAACAACAACCAGAGAUACGCCUUCACGCCGUUGUUAGACAAUGCCGAGGAUGAUGACGAAGAAGAAGAACAGUUUGUGAAUGACGCGUACGGAGUCAAAAUGCGAGCGACAAAUAUAAAUGAGACGCCCGACUCGCCUCGUGACCCCGAACCCAAUACCACGUCUUUGGACUCAGACCUUCGCUGGGUAGAAGAAAACAUACCUACCAGCACACUUCCUUUACUAGAUUCAGAUGAGGAAAUUAUUAAUACGAAAUUUGAAGUUUCCAAGAUGCAGUAAAUAAAUAGUAUUGUUUAUAAAAUGUCACUGUGAUUUAUGUGUUUUUUAUUUAAUAAAAAUAUUGUUUCGUA